GAAAGUACAUUAUUGCACAUGCCUCAGGCUGCAGGGUCUUAUGGCUUCAUCUAUCCAGGUUGUACCGCUGGGACUCCUGAGAAUGAGAGCGUUCAUGAAAUGGGUUUUGUUACUACAUUUCAGCCCGACACGCGAUCUUUGCCGCUCUGUAAUGGUGACCCGCGCCUGCUCGGCAGCCUUGUGUCAUGGAAGAGCGCAGAGUUUUACGCACAGGGAACCCUUCUGGGGACAGUUAUGAUGCAGAAAGUUGUGACGACAGAUGCGUCCUUAACAGGCUGGGGCGCCACCCAGGAGGGCAGAACGGUGAACGGUCUGUGGCCGAGCAGACUACGUUCAGCGCACAAAUUAUUUAGAGCUUAUGGCGUAUGGAAAGCUCUGAAUCAUUUUCUGCCUUGCCUGCAGGGACAUCAUGUGCUCGUACGCUGCAACAAUACCACGACAGUGGCUUAUAUCAACCGUCAGGGCAGCGUGCUCUCGUCGAAACUUCACGCUCUAGCUUACAAGGUUUUAGUGUGGAGCGGAUGGGUUUUCGUUACGCGUGACUCAUGUUCCGGGCCUUCUAAACAGAGGUGCGGAUCUUCUAUCAAGGGGAAACCCAAUCUACGGAGAUUGGCACCUUCACCCGCAGACAGUGGAUAUGUUAUGGAUGAGAUUUGGACAGGCAACCGUAGAUCUAUUCGCCUCGCACGAAAACUACCAUUGUCCUAUGUUCUUCUCGCUAAAGGACGUGGAUGCACCCCUCGGGGUAGAUGCACUGGCCCACCCAUGGCCAAGAGUGCUGCUGUAUGCCUUUCCUCCCCUGUGCCUGAUAAUUCCUACACUGGCCAGGGUGAGAGAGCAGGGCCUGUCUCUCAUUCUGAUAGCACCCAGGUGGCCCAAAGCACCAUGGCUGGCGCCCCCCCCCGCACGGAUGUUUUGACCUAA